CCUCCACCAGGUUCCGAUGCGGAGUUUAACCUUCUUCUCAUCUGGACUGAAUGAAAGCAUUUCUACUUGGCAUACACGCUGAAAAUGCAAAACCUGGGUUGGCCAAGCAUUCACAUUAAAUAGUGAAGAGAAUCCGUGCUGGUAAAACUUGCAUGCGAGAAGUAUUGUAUUUUGUAGAGGCCGUUGUGAGACUUUGCCUUGCGCAGGCGCGGUGCCACACCGAGGGUGCAGGCCGAGGCGCAAAGCGUUGCGCAGACACCCUGCCACGCGAGGGGGCAGCCAACAGCCCACGGCCUCGCGCAGGCGCACUGCCACGCUGAGGGGGCGGCCAACGGCCCACGGCCUCGCGCAGGCGCAGUAACACGCUGGGGGGCGGCAAGCGACCGCAAGCGCUCUUCCUUGACUCUUGAAAGCUUGCGUGCCACAGUCUUCCACUCUCUUCCCGCACCUUUUGACCGAAUGGCGGUGAGCUGGGAUCUCCUGUGGGCCGGCUGGAGAGUGGGCGCCGCGAGAGCGAACUUCCCGAGUCCGGGCGUGGCACCGCGUCCCCGCCAGCUCGCUCGCACGCCCCUCAGGCGCCCGUGGUCCGUCACCCCGGUGUCCGGGAUGGCGACUGUCAAGGGUGAGCUCACGAAGAAGUUAACCUCGGAGGCGGCCGUCCCCCACAACAAGGUGUCCAUUAUAGGGACCGGGUCCGUGGGCAUGGCCUGUGCCAUCAGCAUCCUGCUGAAGGGCCUGAGCGACGAGCUGGCCCUGGUGGACGCGGCGGAGGGCAAGCUGAAGGGCGAGACCAUGGACCUGCAGCACGGCAGCCAGUUCGUGAGGAUGCCGAACGUGGUCGCCAGCAAGGACUUUCUCGUCACCGCCAACUCCAACCUCGUGAUCAUCACGGCGGGGGCCCGCCAGGAGAAGGGAGAGACGCGCCUCAAUCUGGUCCAGCGGAACGUGGCCAUCUUCAAACUGAUGAUUUCCAGCAUCGUCCAGCACAGCCCGCACUGCAAGCUGAUCGUGGUGUCCAACCCGGUGGACAUCCUCACUUACGUGGCCUGGAAGCUGAGCGGGAUGCCCCCGAACCGCGUGAUCGGGAGUGGCUGCAACCUGGACACGGCGCGCUUUCGUUUCCUGAUUGGGCAGAAGCUCGGGAUCCACCCCGAGAGCUGCCACGGGUGGGUCCUCGGGGAGCACGGAGACUCCAGCGUCCCCGUGUGGAGUGGCGUGAACGUCGCGGGCGUCCCCCUGAAGCACCUGAACUCGGAUAUAGGGACGGAUAAGGACCCCGAGCAGUGGAGAGACGUGCACAAGGAUGUGAUCGCCAGCGCCUACGAGAUCAUCAAGAGGAAGGGCUACACUUCGUGGGCCAUCGGCCUGUCUGUGGCCGACUUAACGGAAAGCAUCUUGAAGAACCUCAGGAGAGUGCACCCGGUGUCCACCAUGAUUAAGGGCCUCUACGGGAUCAAGGAAGACGUGGCCCUCAGCGUGCCGUGCGUCCUGGGCGAGAGCGGCAUCACGGACCUUAUCAAGGUCAACCUGACCCCCGAGGAACAGGCGCGUCUGAAGAAGAGUGCGGAAACGCUGUGGGAGAUUCAGAAGGACCUCAAGUUUUAGAGCUGCUGCAGCUGCUGUUCUGGAGUUAGCGUAGAAGAGAUAGAAGUUGCAUACGUCAAUUUUUUAAAAUAAACUUAGAUUCCUAAAAGUUGGAACGGGAUGGGGUAGACUGACUCCCCUGUUUGUUUAGCCUCCCAGCCCUUUGAUUUAGCAUCCAGUUUUGUUUUGUUUUGUUUUGUUUAAACAGUUCCUAAGUGACGGCACCAAUGGUGUUUUUGUGCCACCAUGGGCUAGUACUCACCUUGAAUUUGUAUGUGGUUGCCAUUUGGCCCAGAAGAACGUGGCGUGUAGGUAUUUUUUGUGUGUGUGUUGUAGAAAUAGACGAUUUUGUUCUAGCUGGCUUACGUAGUAUUUCACCUAUUUAUAUACUAUUUUUAAAGUUGUAACGAUCUGCAAUGUAAAAAUAAAUGCACAGAAGUACUUUCUGUAAUGCAGCCAUCAGCUGUCUUCACUCUCCCGUGGCAGCCUGUCAGAGGGCCUUUGCAGCGGCCUCAUGGAAAGGUGGCUGCACGUGGGGUCUGUGCAUGCGUGUGUUUGUGUGUGAGUGUGUAUGGUUGAGCGCUGUGCGCACCCGCAUGCCAGAGAAGCAGAAUCAUUCGGUUAAAAUAUGAAAAUAAUAGCAAUCAGGUGGUGGCUGUUAUGAAGUGUUUAAUGUUAUAAAGUGUUAUGAAGUAAAAUAUAAAGCUUUUAGGAAGAGGCCUGACAAUCAGAGGUGGUACAAUUACUGUCAUUUAUUUGGCAGAGAAAGGAAGCAUCCCAAAAUGGUCCAGUUACUAAAAAUAAAGCCUGAUUGAAAUCACGUUCUAACUGCCUCUGAGAACCUGACCGGUGAGCAUUUUAAAUCAGGAGGCACGUUCUAAAUUGUUCUCGUUGGGCCGAGGCUUGGCCCUGGGCCUACACGCUCCAGGGUCAUCCCUGUUGCUCAGUUUACCGCACGUUAAUGGGAAGCUUUUGCUUCUGAAUUGGUCGUUGUCAUAAAAAUUGGCCAAUUCAGUUUGAGUACUUGAGGGAUAUUUCUCAGUUACAUUUUCCACUUUUAUUCCUAAAUCAGUUGACUUUACUACAGAUUUUAGACUUUAUACAUGUGAUACAGGGAGCAUUUGGGAGAAAGUGAACCUUUACCUAAAUGAUAGUCUUGUAGCUUAGAAAGUAAAUGGACAUUUUUUAAAUGUGUUAGCUUUUCUAAUGCAACUGAAUAUUAAAUAAAUAAUGUGGUGUGUUCAAUCAUACCUUAGGAUCCAUGUGGAUAUCAACAGGCCUAAUCAAGAGUGAAGGGUACUAGCAUCUGCUGCAUACACUAAGCCCGUUCUGCUUAGUUGAAUUAGUGGACAUAGGGCAGUGAUCUGUCCUGCAAAAAUGACUGUUUACUGUGCCAAUCCAAGUUCCAAUACUAUUUCACUGAAAACAUCUAGAAAUGUUCUGAUUCCUCAUGAAGCACCCCAAGAGUGGGAAGGGUGGUUAUAAGACCUCUUUAAGCUCAACUUCACAGAGUUCCUCUUCUCCUUGGUCCAGCCCUUGAGUUUUUAUUCAGCCACGUUUCAGCCAAAGGUUACACUGAAGGGCAUCAGAGCAUGCCUUAUGCCUGUUCUGUACUUCUCUUCACCAUGAAUGUCAGGAUAGGUUGGGCUAUGCUGCAGUAAAAAUCAAUCUCCAGAUGUGUGGGUUAAAAUAAAAGUUUAUUUCUGUCUCAUGUAAGAUCCACUCUGGGUUUACACGACGCUCCAGAGAAGCUGCCGACGAGCCGGCCUGGUAACCCCAGGUUUCCUUGAUCUCCAGGCACUACCAUAGCCACACGGGUUCCCCUGGUUGCUAGGGAAAGGGAAGAGGGGCCUGGAGAACCAAGCAUCUAUAGUUGUUGCUUCGCCCUGGAAGCGACACACAUUUCUUUUACUCACAUUUGAUUUGCCAGAACUGCUCACAUGGUUACCGAACUUCAAAAAGAGUAAAGAAACAUCACCCUGCUGUUUCCACAAGUAGGACAUUGGUAAUAAUCUGCCCUGCCAUUGUAAAUAAAAUGGUCACCAUUGCAAGAGGCAUAUGUGUUUCUAGAGUGAGUUUUAGUGACAGCUCAUAGUGGAUGUUACGGAGGUACUGUCUUUCCAGGUCACAGAACCAGGGUAACUGUCAGGGAAGGGCCCUGGACAUCCACCACGCGGUUGUGCUUACUGGGAACCAUGUCGCUAUGAAUGGGUUCGCCUCCGUGACCUCUGGUUUCUCCAUGUGAAGUGGUCCUCACUUCUGCCACAAGGAAGUUUGAAGGCUAAAUAACAGUGUGAUGCCUGGUACAGUGCCUGGCUUGUUAGUGAUCCCAGGUGGCAGACAUUUUUUUUCCAUUCAGGUAACAUUUACAGUUUUAUUCUGUUAGUUUAUUAAGAAGCUGAAUCCCCAGGUUCUUCAAAACGAUCGGUGGUGCUGUAGUUACUGACGUGUCCGAAGGCUUUCUCGCCCGUGAGUCCCACAAAGCUGUGUCGUCAUUCUAACCCCAGCCCCGAGGCAGACGGCACACCUGCAAGCGAGGCAAUGGGUCCGUGGCAGAGACACUUGGAGCUUUUAAUUCCAGUAGCUGUCUAUUUAUUAGAAUCAAUGCUGUAAGGAUUUUUUUAAACUUAAUUAAAUUGGGGACAUAUCCUGCAGCUUUUCACAAUUUUUCAGCACACCACAUGCCAGACCAAAAGUUUUCACACUCUUUCUCCGUGUCGGGACACGCGUGGUCAAUGUGCAGCGUACCCCAUGUGGCACUCCUGGCACACUGGCUGCUUGGCCUUUCAGGAAGCUACUGGAAUGUGAAUGGGAGUGACAUUAUUAGAGAUACAGUCUUCUUGAAUCGUUCUAAUAUCUAAAUUAAAGUCGAUUGUAUCUGGUCUUCAGAAUGUGCAGACGAGGGGCAAAUUCCCAGUUGUCGUGACAUUCCCUUUGAGAAGUGCUGCCCUGGAUGUCGGUACCUUCUGAUAACAUUAGAACGUGGGACUUUUUGGACAUGAACACUGGUGCUUUAAGGAAGCUGUCGUCGGAGCCGCAGGCUCAGUGCUGAGGGUGUGCCGCGUCUCUACGGAGAGCAGUGCCUGGCAGCGCCCAGCGCACAGCAGUGCUGCUCCGAGGGGUGGCCCCGUGGCCCACAGCCUUGGGAGAAUCCUCCUCGCUAAGAGGGAAGGGAACUGAUCCCAGGGUUUAGAAAAUGCUUCGGAUAACCCUGACUUGCUGGAUGGAGACACGAGUUCCCAGCAUGCCCCAUCUUCACCAGACUUCUGGGGUACAGAGUAGGGGAUGAUUCUGUGGUAGCGGCUGUGAGUGUUAUCUGGGAACGCAGUGCACUUAUAACCAGGUUUGCCGGAAUGUGCACAGGCCCUGAGUCUUUUCCAGCGCGCUUUUAACAGGGCGUGUUCUGUGGGCCCGCGAAAUGAGUAUCACUGAUAAGACGAACACCUGCUCUGGACUGUGUGUCAGAAAUGGAUACAGGUGAAAAAACCAAAGGUUUUCAUUUGCCAUGCAUGUACUAUAGAUAAUAUAAGCUUUAAAACCUUCUAUGGAGCCCCAUUGUUUAAAGCAACUUAAAUGUAGACUCGGGGUCUCUGUUUCCACGGCUGCAGCAUUGAAGAAGAGGGCUGAAUGGUGUUCUCUACCCCGCCCGCCUCCCCCCGCUGCCUCGCUCUGAAGCCUGUCUAUUCCUUGUGGGCUGCUGCUGUUGAGAUACGAUUCCUCCUGGUGGUUCAGUUACUCACUUAGGGCCCUGGGAACACGUGAAGAACAUACAAUACUGGAGAAACGAGAGGACAGGAAAAAACUGUGUGGAGAGGAGGAAAUGGGAACAGAACCACGCCGAAGUAGGGCAGCCACCCUUGACUCGCCUGCCCGGGCCUCGCCGGCGUUUCCCAGGCCCAUCCUUCUCGGCAGCUGACCGUGCUCCCUGUCGCUGAGAAGGUGGGACGGCAGACGCUUCUGUUCACGGGCUGGCUCCCGGACACCCCAUCCGAAAGCUCUGUCAGCAGGCUGAGUUGCUGCAGAUGUGCGACCG